ACAGCAUCCAAAACGACACUCGAGUUCUGCAUGGAUUUUAACGUUUAACUAUGUACCGGUCGGUGGCAGUGUUUGUUGUGCUGAUUUGCUUCUGGCAGAGGAAGGCCGACGCCUAUUUUGAUGAAGAGGAAAAGAAACCCGUUUACCUUACGGCCGCCGUAGGAGAAUACGCACUUUUCGAUUGCGAUCUCGAAUUUCCCCAAGACAUUCCAAUACCGUACAUUUUAAAUUGGAACAAAGAGGGAGAAACAGUUUUCUCAAUAAGACAUGAACAACUUCACUCCUUCGAUCCAUACAUAGGUCGAAUUCAUCCAAUAAACGAUGAUAUUUACCCAAAGUUUGGGAAAGCGUCCAUAAAUCUCACCUCAAUCCGAGAAUCUGAUGCAGGAUGGUUUGAGUGUCAAAUUCUCUUUCCCAAUAGGACACCUCAAUCGACUAAUAAUGGGACGUGGUUCUAUCUGACAGUAAAUGGUGGAAAUUUACUACGAAUACCUCCCGUUAAUCAAACAAUUAUGGAAGGAAGCGAGGCUGAGUUUAACUGUGUAAAAAAAGACGAUGAUACACGCAUCAUUUGGUACAAAGACCGAAUACCUAUUAAAGAAUUAGACGAUAUUUUACAAAGAUCUUGGGUAAACGAACGUGGAUCGCUAACGAUUCGACCAACAACAAUGGGCGAUUUAGGUGAAUAUGAAUGCGAAGCAACAAAUUCUUUAGGAGAAGUUCAAACAGCUAAAGCUUUUCUAAACGUACAAUAUAAAGCAAAGGUUAUUUACGCCCCUAGAGACAUUCAUUUGCCGUAUGGUCGUUCAGCCCUUUUAGAUUGUCAUUUUCGAGCAAACCCACCCUUAACUAAUCUUCGUUGGGAAAAAGACGGUUUUCUUUUCGACCCGUACAACGUUCAAGGUGUUUUUUAUCGCCGAAACGGAAGUUUGUACUUCAGUAGAGUAGACGAAUCUCACAGUGGUUAUUAUACCUGUACACCAUACAACGAAUUAGGUACGGAAGGACCAUCACCCAGCAUCCACGUCAUCGUUCAACGACCCCCCGUUUUUAUAAUAACCCCACACGGUCGUUAUCAAAGAAAAUUAGGCGAAAGCAUUGAAAUUCCUUGCGAUGCUCGCGUUGGUGAAGAUAAUCAUAAAGCAAUCAUCGUUUGGUAUAAAAAGGACGGGUCUUCAUUACCAGUUGGAAGAUACUCAAUUCGAGAUGGUAAUUUAACGAUUGUUAAUAUACAAGAGGAAGAUCGUGGGUUGUAUCAGUGUUCAGCAACGAAUGAAGCUGCUACGAUUACUGCAGAAACUGAAUUGAUUGUUGAAGAUAUCCAACCGAGAGCACCGUUUAAUUUGACGGCUUUUGCUUAUGCAAAUUCGGUGCAUUUAGCUUGGAUGGCCGAUCCAAAAAAAGCUAGUUCAAUGAUUGAAUAUAGCGUUUGGUAUAAACCUGUGGAUACAGUCGAUUGGAAAACGAUAAAAAUCUCAUCAAAAACAGCUUUAGAAGCUACGAUUUCAAAUUUACAACCAGGAAGAGAGUAUGAAUUUAUGGUUUUGAGUAAGGAUGAUGAAGGUGAAGGUCUUUUUAGUAAGACUUUGAGGGUGUGGACGAAAGGUUUAAGUCCAGAUGUGAAUCGAAUCGCUCAUUUCGGCCAAGAACUCGGUCCACCUCGUGAUAUUAAAGUUCACGCAACUGAAGAUGGUUAUUUAGUUACUUGGGAUCCGCCUACGGAAGGAUUAGAAGAUCUUCGAUUGUAUAUUGUAAGAUGGUUGCAAGGACCUAGAGAAAAUUUAAUUGGAACUGCGGAAACAAAGAAUACUUCAUUUUUUGUAACUGAGUUAGAAGAAGGAUAUGAAUACCAUUUCGAAGUGAUCGCAAUGUCUUAUAACGAUUAUCAAGUGGCUAGUAAUAAAAUUUCGUAUCUGAUACCGGCUUAUAGACGAAUAAGAUCUCUAUCGAUAGGAUUAAUCACGGGAGUUGGUUUUCUUGCUUUAAUUGUAGCCGGGGUGUAUUUUGGAAAGAAAAAAUGGUGCAGUUCAUAUGGAUCUAAUCCCACAAAACCAAAUUAAAAUUUGGUUUAUUAUUAAUUUAAGCUAAUUUGUAUAUUUAUUCAUAAGAAUUUUUGUUGAUAGCUGAUGUUUAAUUAAAAUAUUGUAUAUUUUUGGAGA